UAGAGAGCCUAGCUAGCAGCAGCAGAAGAAGAGAUUCUCUCUUUUCUUUAAUUAAUUCCUCUUUCUCUCUCUCUACAUUGAUCAUCAUCCUCAUCAUCUAUUCAACUGCUUUCUUUUCAGUCCAUCUUUUGAUCUUCUCUGCAAAAUUCAGCCCCUCCCUUUAGGAUCAUCGUACCUUAAUUUCAAUUGCAACAACAAAUAUACGAACUCAUAUAAUUCCUUCCUUUUCAUCCAACCAUAUAUAUUCUCCUUCAAUCCUUCCCUUUUGGCCCACUUUUUUCUCACAUAUCUUGCCUUUUAAGCACUCUUUAUUAUCUCUCUCUUUUAAUCUAUAUCCAUCUCCUAUAUUUUCUUCCAUCCUCUCUUUGUCUCUCUCCCUCACAUCUCACUCUCUCUGCAAACCCAUCACCAUAGGCAAAGAGCAUGCUUGGAUGUCCAGAGAAAGGGAGAUAUUUGAGCAUGAGGUAGGAAAGAAAAUAAAGAGAGAAGCAGAUGCGGCUUCUAUAUCAGAUCGAAUGGGAAGGAGACCCUUAUUAGGCCCUCCUGGUACCCUAAACACCAUCACACCAUGUGCUGCGUGUAAGCUUCUUAGAAGAAGAUGUGCACAGGAAUGCCCUUUCUCUCCUUAUUUCUCACCUCAUGAACCUCAGAAAUUUGCUUCUGUUCACAAAGUUUUUGGUGCUAGCAAUGUCUCCAAGAUGUUAAUGGAGGUGCCAGAGAAUCAGAGAGCAGAUGCAGCAAAUAGUCUUGUUUACGAAGCAAAUGUUAGACUAAGGGAUCCGGUGUAUGGUUGCAUGGGUGCAAUUUCAGCUUUGCAGCAACAAGUUCAGUCUUUACAAUCAGAACUUAAUGUAGUAAGGGCUGAGAUAAUCAAGUAUAGAUACAGAGAAGUUAGUAGUACUCUUUCUCAUAAUAUCAAUAAUCACAAUUCACAUCAUGCUUUAAUUUCGCCAUCCGGUGUUAUAUCCGUAUCUCCACCACCACCACCAUCUUCAUCUGUCUCCGUAACAAACCAUGACGUACCUCCUCCUCCACCACCACCUCCACCUUCUACACAUCCCGAUGCUUCUUCUUCGUCCAUGUAUACGACCCCUCCUUCUAGCGCAACUGAUUAUAGCUCAAUUUCUAAUGAAAAUGUCUCAUAUUUUGGCUAAAAGUUUGUUAAGCUAAAAAUAUUACUCGAAACCUUAUACAUUUUCCUUAUCAUCUCUAUGUUUACGAGUCAUUUGGAAUAAAGCAAGAGCCUAUAGAUAUAUAUAGGAUCAUAUUCGGCGCUUUGUUAUUUCAUUUCUCCCUCCCACCUGAAUUUUGUUAUUAUGAUUCUUGAUUGAAAAAUUUGAGUUCAUACUUU